CGUCCGCCCGUGACAUAGGCGGGGCGGGUGGCAGGCGUAUUGUGGUGGAGGGGCUCAGCUUGUCAGGUUUACUAAAGUACGGGGAAUCUGGAAGAGCUAAGCCAGAAACCAAGGAGUGAAUGUUGGAAAGGGAAGAAUGUCAGAACAAUAACUUUUAUAAAAGAUGUGCUGGCAAAAAUAAUUUUCACUACUGGCUCUUGAUAAAUCUAGUGCCUUAAGAAAAAAGAUGGGGUUUGGAAGUGAUUUGAAGUAUUCCCAUGAAGCUUUGCUAAAACUGCAAGAUUGGGAGUUACGGCUACUGGAAACAGUGAAGAAAUUUAUGGCCAUGAGAAUAAAAAGUGACAAAGAAUAUGCAUCCACUUUACAGAACCUUUGCAAUCAGGUUGAUAAAGAGAGUACCUCACAACUGGAUUAUGUUAGUAAUGUAUCAAAGUCAUGGUUGCUCAUUGUGCAACAAACGGAGCAGCUUAGCAAGAUCAUGAAGACACAUGCAGAAGACUUGAAUGCUGGGCCAUUACAUAGACUUACUGUGAUGAUUAAAGACAAACAGCAGAUAAAGAAGAGUUAUGUAGGUGUUCACCAGCAAAUUGAGGCAGAGAUGUUCAAGGUUACAAAAACUGAAUUGGAAAAAUUAAAAUCUAGUUAUAGACAAUUAAUUAAAGAAGUGAACUCUGCCAAAGAGAAAUACAAGGAGGCAUUAUCUAAAGGAAAAGAAACUGAAAAAGCCAAAGAUCGUUAUGAUAAAGCCACAAUGAAACUCCACAUGUUGCACAAUCAAUACGUGUUGGCACUGAAAGGAGCACAGUUACAUCAGCACCAGUAUUAUGAUGCUACACUUCCUUUGUUCCUUGACUCUUUACAGAAGAUGCAAGAAGAAAUGAUUAAAGGACUGAAAGGAAUCUUAGAAGAAUACAGUCAGAUCACCAGUCUUGUAACUGAAGAACUAGUGAAUGUUCAUAAAGAGAUCCAGAUGUCUGUUGAACAAUUAGACCCUGGUUCAGAGUACAGUAGUUUCAUAGAAGCUCACAGGACAUCAGAUAUUGAAAAACAAGAAAUAGAGUUUGAUACAUCUUUAUUGGAAGAAAAUGAAAAUCUUCAAGCUAAUGAGAUUAUGUGGAAUAAUUUGACAGCUGAAAGUUUACAAAACAUGUUGAAAACUGUAGUAGAAGAACUGAUUCAGACACAGCAGAUGCUUCUAAACAAGGAGGAAUUAGUUCUAGAAUUAGAAAAGAAGAUUGAAGAGUCUUCUAAGAUCUGUGAAAGAAAAUCUGACAUUGUGCUUCUGCUAAGCCAGAAGCAAGCCCUUGAAGAAUUAAAGCAAACUGUUCAGCAGUUGAAAUGCACUGAAGUGAAAUUUGCAGCCCAGAAGGAACUUCUUCAACAAAAAGUGCAAGAAAAUGAUGGGAAAGAGCCCCCGCCUGUUGUAAAUUAUGAGGAGGAUGCCAGAUCAGUCUCUUCCAUGGAUAAAAAAGAUAAAGUUUCCAGGUUUGAUACUAUUCGACAUUCCAUUGCUGGAAUGAUAAGAUCACCAAAGUCUAUGUUAGGCUCUUCAUCGGUAAGUGGGCAGUUUUUUGAUGUAAUAUCAGCCAGUGAAAAACCCCUGGCAGAACAAGAUUGGUAUCAUGGCGCAAUCCCAAGAAUAGAAGCUCAAGAGCUAUUAAAACAGCAAGGAGAUUUUUUGGUGAGAGAAAGUCAUGGGAAGCCUGGUGAAUACGUCCUUUCUGUGUUUUCAGAUGGGCAACGGAGACACUUUAUCAUUCAGUAUGCUGAUAAUCAAUACAGAUUUGAAGGAACAGGGUUUUCAACAAUUCCUCAGCUUAUAGAAUAUCAUUAUACAACAAAACACGUGAUUACAAAGAAAUCAGGCGUUAUUCUGCUGAAUCCUGUUGUUAAGGAUAAAAAAUGGAUUCUCAAUCAUGAAGAUGUCACUCUGGGAGAAUUACUUGGCAAAGGUAACUUUGGUGAAGUCUAUAAGGGAACAUUAAAAGAUAAAACUCCUGUUGCUGUAAAAACAUGUAAAGAAGAUCUUCCUCAAGAACUGAAAAUAAAGUUUUUAUCAGAGGCCAGAAUACUCAAACAAUAUGACCAUCCCAAUAUUGUAAAACUUAUAGGAGUAUGCACUCAAAGGCAGCCUAUUUAUAUUGUGAUGGAGCUUGUUCCAGGAGGUGAUUUCCUUUCCUUUUUAAGAAAGAAAAAAGAUGAGCUAAAAAUCAAACAGUUGGUGAAAUUCUCAUUAGACGUUGCUGCUGGGAUGGCGUAUCUUGAAUCCAAAAACUGUAUACACAGGGACCUUGCUGCAAGGAAUUGUCUAGUAGGUGAAAAUAAUGUUCUGAAAAUUAGUGAUUUUGGGAUGUCUCGUCAAGAAGAUGAUGGAGUAUAUUCAUCUUCAGGAUUAAAGCAAAUUCCAAUCAAAUGGACUGCCCCAGAGGCCUUGAACUAUGGACGGUACACUUCUGAGAGUGAUAUAUGGAGUUAUGGGAUUUUCCUUUGGGAGACCUUCAGCUUAGGUGUAUGCCCUUAUCCAGGCAUGACUAAUCAGCAAGCACGCGAACAAGUGGAGAAAGGCUAUCGAAUGUCAGCACCUCAGAAGUGUCCAGAGGACAUCUAUAAAAUAAUGCAGAGGUGUUGGGAUUAUAAUCCUGAAAUGAGACCAAAAUUCAGCGAGAUUCACAAAGAGCUGUCUGCACUGAAAAAGAAAGUGACAUCAUGAGAAACUAACAGGACUCAAAGGACAGGACUCCUCUUUUUCCAGAAAAAUAUUAUUUUUCCUGUCACAAAUCCAACACAUUUAUACCAUAUUUCUUCCAAUAUUCUUCUAGGAUUCCUUUUUUAAAUCAAAAAACUGUUUUAUUCAAGUGUGCCCAGGCUGGAGAAUGCCAAGAUGUCUAUGUUAAAGACAGAGUGUUCUGCCACAUGCUUUAUAGUCACAAUGAUGCUGUCAUAUAGGUUUUGUGUAAAUAGAUAAACACAUAAUAUAUGUGUAGAGUUAGGGAAUUCUGGCUCAUUUAGAUAUUUCUAUGAUAAACCCCAAACAGGGUUUUGGGGGCUUUGUUUCUCCUUUUCAAUCCAUGCACUUGCAACAGUCUUUGUGUAAGCCCAGUGGUUCAUGAACCAUUCCCACACAUCUUAAAGCUAAAGGCACAGUUUUCAGUGUAUCUUUUAAGGAUAAUAUAAUCUAGUGCUCUGAAAAAGAACACACACACGCAAAAUCACCAGCUGAUGCAGUUUUGAAUAUGUGUUUAUUCAAGAACAUGAUGUAAGGAUUUGAUUACAGAAUGAGGAAUUUGUGCACAAGCUUUUUGAAGACAUUUCAAUACAGUAAAUGUUUCUAAUAUUGGAUAUUAUUUAUUUUCAUCUUUGAACAAGGAGAAAGGCACAAUUUGCCAGGAACUGGCAAGCACAAAUCCAUUAAUGGUAUAGCUUUUAUUUGCAGGAGAAAAAAUAAAUCCAAAGGUGAGUGUUACACGUAAUGCACCGGCUGGGAAGUACUGUCUUUCAGAAGUAUGGACUAUAGAAGUAUACAAUCAUUCUGAUUAAUCAUUAAUCAUUAUGAUUAAGGUAACCAGUAGCACUGAUUUUGUAAGGGAAAAGGAAAGUGAAUUACCUGAUUGGAAGCUUUGUGAAUUGAUGUUUCCAUCCUGUAUGCCCCUGGAGGAAGAAAAACACACGUUCAUACUGUAUCUACUAUCAGUUUCUCAGUUGUGUUUUUAAAAAAGGCCCUGAGAAGAAAAUUGUAGUAAGGAAUUACUAUCUUUUGAAAAGAGUAGUUUGCCCACUAAAAACCACAAAGUUGAACAGCAUAUGAUCCCAUUUUUCCAGUUAAACUAAGUAUCCCCAGGCUUUAUUAAAUUGAUACUGGGAUAAUCUGAGAAGUGUCAGUCAAUAAUGAGCAAAAAUAAUGACUGGAUUCUUCCUGAGGUCCCAAGGAGAAUGACUCUUUUCCAGUUACUGGGUUCAUCCUGAUGUCCUGAAUCCAUAGCUGAUUGGUUCUGUUGCAAGGGGUUUCAAAUUAUACCUCAGAGGCAGCAAAAUGAUGGUCAUGUUGUAUCAGCAAUUCAGUCACUUCCAGCCCAAGGGAUGAAGAUGAAGCAAUGUGAUGUUUUGCUCCUGGAAAUCACUUCCUUUUGUAGGGGAGGACCAAGAUGUUGGUGAAAUCUGUGAUUGCAAAACAUACCUGUUUUGCUCAUCUCUCUGGCAAGAGCACCUUUAGCCUUUUGUGCAUGUGUUUUGUGGUAGUACAGAGUGGUGAUGUUGAGCAGGAUGUAUUCUACUUUUAGACUAGAAAAAUUGAUGUCAUUUACAUGAUAACAUUUAUUAUCAGAAUAAAAUAGUAAAGCAUAUUGGAGGAAAUGUUCUUCAUUUUAGAUGGGCUUAUUAGUAACAUAAUGCAAGGGACAUUAGGUGACUGUUGCCUUACAUGCAAAGAUUGUGUUAUAGUUCAGAAUCCAGUAAAAAGGUAAAAGGAAUGGGAAAUAAAUGUAAUGUUGCAGUUUCUAGAUAUACUAAUGGGCAUACAUGGAUCAUAAAAAGAAUAUUCAGCAAAAGUAGGAAAUGAUUACUGUGAUCCUAAAGGGAUCCAAAAUAGUGUGCCUUUAAUCACUGGCAUUCCUUUGUUAAUUAAAAUGCACAAGGACUGAAUCCUAACACCACAAGGGGGAAAACACCACAAAUUGCCCAGUUGCACAUUUUUGUCUAUGCAUUCACUAAUGUGUAAAUGUCAGGACAGAAUGUAAAGAAUGUAUUUCCUUGUAUUCAUGAUGUUUUAAUUUUUCUUUUAAGUGUUAGUAUUUUUAUAUAGGAGAGAUUGUUCCAUUCUUAAAGUCUUCUGAAUGUAUUCUGUCUUUCAACAUGGAAAAAGACAGCACUUUGUCUUAAAUUGAUUAGAAGGACACCUUGUCCUGGUCUUCUUGUACAAAUGUAAAGGAUAACUGCUAUUUAUAUUUCAUUUAUGUAAGCAGUUAAAAUUUGCAAUUCAUAUCAAACUGCUGCUCACACUGAAAAACCUUUCUGAACAUGUAAUACCAGAACAUUGGGCAUUUGUUCUGCCUGUCCUCUGUCCUAAAAUCAGAGGUCAGCUAAAAUCAGAAAUUGGAAUGUAGUCAGGGUUCAUUCACAGAAAAUAAGUUUAGUGAAUUAAUAUUAUAUUUUUCACGCAUUCUUACAAACUACUCUCUUACUUUGUAACUUAAUUUGUAAAACUAGUUUUACCUACCAUGUAAAACUAUUAUGUUGGUAAAGUCAUAUCCAUACCAAAUGCAUAUAGCAAUUUCCUUUCUUAAUGGAGUAAAGUGAAAGUUCUCUGCAUAAUUAGAAAAUCUGUUGUUCCAGGAUUGAUGUGGUUCUUGUAAGAAUAAAGUUAGAAGCCCUCCACCCUUACUGGUAAUAUGUAAUAUUAAAUAAGCAUUUCUGUUGUUUCUUAACAAUAAAUGUUAGCGCAAUUUAAAAGUGCAAGAAACGAAUACAUUGUGAACAAAUUAAUAUUUUACAACUAAAAGCCAAAACUUUUGAAGAUACGCCACAUAAGAAAUAAUUUGAAAUUGAUUUGCACUCUAUAACUGGUUUCAUUUUCAAAAAUUAUGUUUUUUAAUAAAUUAUCCAAAUAGGGUAAGACUCUUGCCAUUUUGGGAAUCAAAAGCACAUUAUUCUGAAGUACAAGAUCUGUAAACCUUGUAUAUGAAAAUACGAGGUAAGAAACCAUUAAAGGUCUUCACUCAUACAA